AUGGGCAUGCUCCCUGUGUCAGAGCGGGCACCCUGGAACGCAACCUCCGUGGUGCCGGGUGCUGGCAGCGGGCCCCUCUCCGGCCCCUGGUACAGCGCACACGAGACUCAGCUCCUGGGAGUUUUACUUGCUGCUGCUUCCAAUUUUCUGAUUAGUGUCUCUCUGAGCAUACAGAAAUGCACUCAUCUCCAACUGGCUUGCCAGGCAGAGCCACAGCCCUACUACACGAGCAGCCUGUGGUGGUGUGGAGUUACCCUCCUGGGCCUUGGAGAGGUUGGCAAUUUCACAGCCUAUGGGUUUGCCCCCAUUGCCCUCGUCGCUCCGGUGGGAUGUGUGGCUGUCAUAGGCAGUGCAUUUAUUUCUGCCUUCUUCCUAAAGAGGACCAUGAGGGCUGCUGAUAUAUUGGGAGGAACGCUGGCAGUGGCAGGGACAUGUUUGCUGGUGACAUUUGCUCCAACUGGCCCCCAAGAGCUCACAGCAAGACGAGUCCAGAAUUACUUGGUGAGCUGGCCUUUCGUGUUAUACAUGGUCUUAGAAAUUAUCACCUUCUGCAUUCUCCUCUACUGCUACAAAAGAAAGGCUGUGAAACACAUCGUGGUUCUGUCCAUGAUGGUAGCACUGCUGGCAUCCUUGACUGUCAUUGCUGUGAAGGCUGUGGCCAGCAUGAUAGCUCUCUCUGUGAGAGGGAAAAUGCAGCUGACAUACCCUGUCUUCUACAUCAUGAUUGUCUUAAUGGUGACUUCUUGUGCUUUCCAAGUCAAGUUCCUGAAUCAAGCAACUCAUCUGUAUGACUUGCCAGCAGUUGUGCCCAUUAAUUUUGUGCUCUUCACCAUUAGUGCCAUCAUUUCAGGGGCCGUAUUUUAUCGGGAAUUCCAAAGUGGAGCUCCGCUGAGCCUCUUCAUGUUUCUGCUGGGAUGUCUCCUGGCUUUCCUUGGUGUGUUUGUGAUUGCAAGAAAUCAAAGAGAGGAAGAGUUACAAAUUCCUUUUAUUGACUGUGGAAGUAUUCCUGGGCAAAAAUUGAUAGGCAAAAUACAACCAGAUUCUCCCAGUCCAGGCUAUGGCACUUGGAAUAAUGAAGAUGAUGUGGUGAAGUCAGAUCUGAAAGGAGAAAACACCUUACAUGCCAAAUGA